GAAGAUGAGAUUGUGGGCCGAUGUGGCCGACGACCGCGUUCACCGACACCCGUUAACCGCGAGGACAGUCCUCAUUUCACUCUGCCAGCUCACAAAGACGUACACCGUGUUCUAUGGUUGUCGCCGGUGUCGGUGAUCCUAUCCCUCCAACUAAACUCCAACGCGCGAGCCAGUACAUCCAAAAAGAGGCCACGUUCUUCAGAGUCCACCUCCUCGCAUUCACCUUCAUCCCACUCAUCGUUUCCGGAAUAUUCUACGCUUCCAAUGGCAGGUUCCCUGUGUCGUAUUUGGAUUCUCUGUUUCUGUGUUAUUCGGCCAUGACAGUGACCGGUCUCUCUACUGUGAACCUCUCGACAGUGACGCCUUGGCAACAGGUUAUGCUAUACAUCUUGAUGUUGAUCGGAGAUAUUACGGUGGUUUCUUGGAUAAUGGUACUCGUUCGAAAGGAAUACUUUAAACGCCGCUGCGAAUUCGAAUACGUCAAACGCCACAACGAAACCACAACAAGAGCCUUAUUCUCCACCAUCUCCCACCCAAUCGCUGUCUUCAAGCCUCGACAACCAGUUCCAACUCGUCAUCAUGAGUUUACAUCCAACGUCAUCCAACCUACACCUGGUGCAACGUUGGAUUACUACCCACCCUCUUCAUCACAAGGAAUCCUCUUGGAAGACCAGCAGCAGAGAUUCACAUCCUCACCCAAAUCCGCCAACGUCGCUCUCUCACCCACCGAAUCCGAAUACCACCACCCUCUUCACGAAUUCGCGUCUUCCACCCCCUCAGUCGCUCGCCAACGACGAAGAAGGUUGGAUACCGCCGUUCCCAUACCACACAGAACGACAACCAUGUUAACCCACAACACCAACACCUACACAACCACCGACCGGAAAUACCAAGACCUCGGUGGAUUCCCUGGACCUUUCGAACUAGCUUACAAGCUAUUCCGGCGGAUGGCUCCCAAGGCGUACUCAAACCUAGAAAGAACACUGACCAUCCCAUACACGACCACCCUGGAGAAACACAAAACAAAGUGGUUGAACUUCAAUUUGAUCGUGGGGAGGAACUCGGAUUUCAAGAUUGAUGAUCUGACGGACGACCAGUUGGAGGAGAUUGGGGGGGUUGAGUAUAUGGCGUUGAGGUGGUUGAGUCACUUGGUGCCAUUGUACUUUGUAGGCACUCAGGUUAUAACUUAUCUUUUGUUCGGUCCUUGGAUAUCGGCGACGAACGAGUACGAUGCUGUUUUUGAUGCCCAACCAAGGAAUGUGCAAAAGCCUUGGUUUGCGUUGUUUCAAGUUAUGGGCGCAUAUACCGGAGGAGGAUUGUCUUUAGUUGACCAAGGGAUGAUACCUUUCCAAAAAGCAUAUCUCAUGAGUAUAUCUUUGAUUUUUGUUAUCCUGGCCGGGAACCACGCUAUGCCUAUAUUUCUACGAUUUAUAAUAUGGAUUGGAUCAAGAGUCGCCCGCGAGGGCGGCGAUGCCGAAAAAGCUUUCAGUUUUCUGCUUGACCAUCCUAGAAGAUGUUUUAUCUAUCUGUUCCCAAGCCAUCAAACAUGGUUCUUGUUGAUCGCCCUGGUCAUGUUCAGCAUCAUCGAAUGGAUCUUAUUCGAAGUUCUCAAUAUCGGGUUAGAAGCCUAUGAGAGCCUAACCAUCGGACCCCGGAUCAUCUGUGGACUUUUUCAGGGUUUGGCUGCGCGAGCUUCGGGAUUCUCCAUUGUGCCCUUGGCUUCGCUGGCACCUGCUUUGCAGUUCCUGUAUGUCGUGAUGAUGUAUAUCGCGAUUUAUCCGAUAGCUAUUAGUAUUCGUGCUACGAACUCAUACGAAGAACAAUCUCUCGGUGUAUUCGAACAACCCCCGGAAGCAGAAGACGAAGAACCUCAAAACCAAGAGUUGAACCACCUCGAUGUCCGCCAACGCGUUCAUCGAUAUGUCGGUUGGCAUCUGAAGAAGCAGGUGUCGCUGGGUAGGGCUCUUAGGGCUUUUACGGUUUUCGUCCUUCCCGCUCCCGCUCUUUGCUGAUAUCAAGCUUGGCGAUCCCCUCCCCUAGACAUUUGGUGGCUUGUUUGGGGGGUGUUUUUAGUGACGAUUAUAGAACGGAAUAAUCUUUUGGAUCCGGAAAAAAAGUGGUUCGAUAUCUUUCGGAUAUUGUUUGAGCUUGUUUCUGCGUUUGGUGGGAUUGGGUUGAGUUUGGGGUUACCGUCGGUAAUACUCCGUUUUUCUUCUUCUUCCUUUUGGUUUGAUUGGCCUUUGACCUCUUCCUCACGUACUCUCCCAGGAUAAUUUCUCUUUCGUGGGUGCUAUGAAGCCGUUGUCCAAGUUGGUGGUGAUUGUGAUCAUGUACGUCGUCCGAGAGCUGUAUUUGAAGCUUUUUUUACACUCACACUCACACUCACACACAUUACAACCGGGUAGGGUGAGAGGCCGGCAUCGAGGUUUGCCAGUAGCUGUCGAUCGGGCUAUUAUGUUACCCUAUGAGUUGAUGAAACAGAGGCAACAGCAGGGAGAAGUCGAGGCGUCAUAGAGUUUAGAAAUGCAGAUCGCCAGCUGGUAACAGAACACGAGUUGUAAGGCGCUCCGUCGACAUAGAGAACGUCCUUUCUUUAAUUCCGAUGGGUUCCGCGUUCAUACCCUGAUUCGGAUUUACAUGCGAUUUUCGUAGCCCCUACAAGUUACCCCGCAGUUACCCCAAAACUGCGGGUAAUUACAUGACUUACAUGUCAACAGCCUUUGAACGUUCCAAGCCCCGCCACGCACGAAAAAACGAGUCUAAACUAUCCAGCUGACUUGCUCGUGUUCAUAGGGCGUAUGGUCCGAUACUGAAACCAUGCUGAGGUCAUGCUUGAGACAAUCAAUAUUUCUCAGGGAAACCGCCCAACUGCUGAGCGCU